AUGGCGGCUAUACAAUGUUUGAAAAGAAAGAGAUUAUAUGAGCAACAAGUUGAACAGCUUGGCAACUUUCAGCUCCGUAUCCAUGAUCAAAUGAUUAUGUUGGAAGGUGCCAAAGCAACAACAGAGACUGUAGAUGCUUUGAGGACUGGUGCUGCUACUAUGAAAGCUAUGCAGAAAGCUACAAACAUUGACGAUGUUGACAAGACGAUGGAUGAGAUCAAUGAGCAAACCGAUAACAUGAAACAGAUCCAGGACGCAUUGUCUGCUCCCUUUGGCUCUGCUGCUGAUUUCGAUGAGGUAAAAUUUCCCCUUUAUUCCCACGAUCAUCAUACUCUUUAGAAACAAACAAUCUCCCCUUCUCUUACAUCCGCUUGGUCUGUAGAUUUAAUCAAAAGUUCAAUUCCAAUAAAAAACAUAUCUUUUAACUAGAUGCUCUUCUUCUCCAUCUUCUUCUUCCUUGUUGAUAACAAACAAUAACUAUACUUGAGGUUAAUUAUGUUGUUUUGGGGAAUUGAC